AUGGGUUCCAACUUGCCUGCUCAACCAAAUCUCAGAGUCACAAGAUUCCCCGAUCCCUUUGCAGUAGCCACGGUUGGUGGUGAACAAACACACACUACGUCAGUGAUCAAAAAAACCCUCAACCCAUACUGGAAUGAAGUCUUUGACCUGAGAGUCACCGAAGAUUCCAUUCUUGCUAUUCAGAUUUUCGAUCAAAAGAAGUUCAAGAAGAAGGACCAGGGUUUCUUAGGUGUUAUCAACGUUCGCAUUGGGGAUGUGAUAGACUUAGACGUUGGCGACGAUGAGAUGCUUACAAGAGACCUGAAGAAGUCGAACGAUAAUCUUGUUGUUCACGGGAAACUGAUCGUUAACUUAUCCACGAACUUGUCAACUCCUGUUCCGCCACAAAACGGUUCCUUACGGCCUCCUCAAAACGCACCUCCAUCUUCAAACCUUGCAUAUCAGCAACAACUACGACCCCAGUCCUCUGCGUCGGCUGCUCCUGCCGCCGCUAAUCAAAUAACCAACGAUCAGCCAGCUGCUGCUAAUCCUUCUUCCAUGUUUCCCGUUCGCGCUCCCUCUGCUGCAACUCCCGCCACUGCCGGUCCACAAAUUAGUGGACCUAGUCAGACAGCAAAUGGAUCGACUCCUUCUAGGGCCAACCUGAGCUCAUUCGAAGAUAGCCAAGGCAGGUUGCCAGCGGGUUGGGAAAGACGAGAAGAUAAUCUGGGCCGGACAUAUUAUGUGGAUCAUAAUACCAGAACCACAACAUGGACACGCCCUUCACAACAAUACAACGAGCAAGCCCAACGCACCCAGCUGGAAGCCAACAUGCAGAUGGAACGCAGGGCUCAUCAAAGCCGGAUGCUUCCCGAGGACCGCACAGGCGCCAGUUCGCCAAACCCACCGGACUCCCAGCAGGCAGGAACUCCUCCUGGGGUUUCCAAUGCGAAUGCUGCUUCUAUGAUGGCCACGGGAGCUACGACAGCGGGCAGUGGCGAGCUUCCAGCAGGGUGGGAGCAACGUUAUACGCCGGAAGGCCGGCCGUAUUUUGUGGACCAUAACACGAGAACGACUACCUGGGUCGAUCCGCGUCGUCAGCAGUAUAUCCGCAUGUAUGGCCAAAAUGCUAAUGGAAAUAACACCACUAUUCAACAACAGCCUGUGAGUCAACUCGGGCCGCUACCAAGCGGCUGGGAAAUGAGGCUCACCAACACCGCUCGGGUGUACUUCGUUGAUCACAAUACAAAAACUACCACCUGGGAUGACCCACGACUGCCAUCGUCUCUGGAUCAAGGCGUUCCGCAAUACAAGCGUGAUUUCCGGCGCAAGCUUAUUUACUUCAGAUCCCAGCCGGCGUUGCGGAUCAUGUCGGGACAAUGCCAUGUCAAAGUCCGACGAGGUGCUAUUUUCGAGGACUCGUAUGCAGAGAUCAUGCGACAGAGUGCUUCGGAUUUGAAGAAGAGGUUAAUGAUCAAAUUCGAUGGAGAAGAUGGUCUCGAUUAUGGUGGCCUUUCCAGAGAAUUCUUCUUCUUGCUUUCCCACGAAAUGUUCAACCCUUUCUACUGCUUAUUCGAGUAUUCCGCACAUGACAAUUACACCCUCCAAAUCAACCCACAUUCCGGUAUCAACCCUGAGCAUUUGAAUUAUUUCAAAUUCAUAGGGCGUGUUGUCGGUCUUGCUAUCUUCCACCGACGCUUCCUUGAUUCAUUUUUCAUCGGCGCAUUUUAUAAGAUGAUGUUAAGGAAGAAGGUUACGCUGCAGGAUAUGGAGGGUGUGGAUGAAGAUUUCCACCGAAAUCUAACAUGGACAUUUUACGAGUAUACCAAGUCUGCUGACCUACCAAUUAGGGAACAUGAUAUUACCGGUGUCUUCGACGAGCUUACAUUCUCCAUUGACGAUGACCAAUUCGGCGAGAGGAAAACCGUUGACUUAAUACCAAACGGCAGCAACAUUCCUGUUACCAAUGAGAACAAAAAGCAAUAUGUUGAAUUGAUCACAGAAUGGAAAAUCCAAAAAAGAGUAGAAGAACAGUUCAACGCUUUCAUCACCGGAUUCAACGAACUCAUCCCCGCUGACCUUGUCAACGUCUUCGAUGAGCGUGAAUUGGAGCUCCUAAUUGGUGGUAUUGCCGAUAUCGAUGUGGACGAUUGGAAGAAACACACCGACUACCGCGGCUACCAGGAGCAGGACGAAGUGAUCCAGAACUUCUGGAAGGUCAUACGGAGCUGGGAUGCGGAGCAAAAAUCUCGUCUCCUACAGUUUGCAACGGGUACCUCGCGCAUUCCUGUUAACGGUUUUAAAGACCUGCAAGGUAGCGAUGGACCCAGGCGAUUCACCAUUGAAAAAUCUGGAGAGAUCACCGCAUUACCCAAAUCGCAUACAUGCUUUAAUCGUUUGGAUCUACCGCCAUAUAAGACAUACGAACAACUGCAGCAUAAGUUAUCCAUCGCCGUCGAGGAGACCUUAGGUUUCGGCCAGGAGUAA